AUGGCACGGGGAAGCAGCAGCAGAAAGCUGGCUGAGCACGGCCUCCUCUUGGUUUUCCUGAUGCUGCUGCAGGGUGGCGUGGAGCAGGCGGCGGCGAAGCCACGGGAGUGGUACGUCGGCGACCAGAAGGGCUGGACCUUCGGCGUCGAGGGCUGGCCUAACUUGCCUACCUUCAAGCCCUUCAGGGAAGGCGACGUGCUGGUUUUCAAGUACGACCGUGCGGCGCAGAACGUGAUGCAGGUGGACGACUUCGGGUUCGGCACCUGCACCAGGCACCCCGCCAACGCCACGGUGUACGACUCCGGCAACGACCGCAUCAGGCUCUCUCGCGGCCUCAUCAACUUCAUCAGCGGCGUCUCGGAUAACUGCUACAAGGGCGGCGUCAAGAUCUCACUCACCGUCAGGCCGUGACCAACCAAGUCGAUGGACUGUGUCCAUGUCGUGCAUCGAUUGAUCCU